GGUAAAUAGCUUGGACACGGAACUGCGAGGGCUGAACAUGGCUUCUAAUCUCCAGGUUCAGAGACUGAACGAGGAGUUAAACUGUCCCAUUUGUCUGGAUUUCUACAAUGAUCCUGUUAGCCUGGAGUGUGGCCACAACUUCUGUCGCUCCUGUAUCACCCGGAGCUGGGAAACGCAGGGGGAAAACAUAUGUCCAGAAUGUCGGAAGGUGUUUGCCAACAGGAAUCUCAGGCCCAGUUAUGCCCUGGGAAAUCUGGCACAGAAAGCUCAGAAAUUUAGCCUGUCACCAACACAGACGGGAAUUAAACAUCACUGUGAGAAACACCAGGAGAAACUGAAGCUGUUCUGUGAAACUGACAACAAAUUAAUCUGUUCCAUUUGCAGAGAUGCGCGAGAACACAGAAAUCACAGCUUCCUGCCCAUUGAGGAAGCUGUUGAAAUCUACAAGGAUCAAGUGAAAGCCUCCUUAGGUCCUCUCGCACAGAGGAAGGAAACUGCUCUACACGCUGAAGCCAUCCAGAAGCAAAAUAUUUCACAACUUAAGGAACAGGCGAGCAGUCUGCAGACCCAAGUCAAGGACGAUUUUGCUAAAAUACACCAGAUCCUGACUGACAGAGAGCAGCGGGUGAUGAGAGAUCUCAGACAGCGAGAGGAGGAGAUUUUACAACGGAUGGAGACAAACCUGCGAGAGAUUCAGAGCAAUUUAGAUUCAGUUCAACAAGAAAUCUCAGAGUUACAGACACAGAUGGAAAAAGACGGGCCGAUCCUUUUGCAGGAGGAAGCUGCUCGGAAGAGAAGGCAGGAAGAAAAUAAUCUGGGAGAUGGUGGACUGAAGCGACUGAGUGAGGCUCUGAAGAACACGAAGUUUAGAAUACAGGUUCUGGAGCUGCAGGACCAUAAUCUGGGAGAUUGUGGAGUGAAGCAACUGUGUGAGGAUCUGAUGAACCUGGAGUUUAAAAUACCGAAUCUAUGGCUGAGCGACAUCGAUCUGACAACUGAUAGCACCGAUGACCUGUCCUCCGAUCUCAGAAUAAACCACACACUGACGGAGCUGAUCCUGAGUGAUAAUAAUCUGGGAGAUAGUGGAGUGAAGCGAUUGUGUGAGGCUCUGAGGAACCCGUUGGACAGUAACAGACUGACCGAUGGCUGCACUGAUGCUCUGGUCUCCGCUCUCAGUACAAACCGCUCACUGAGGAUCCUGAACCUGAGGUCUAACUCCUUCACAGACGGCUCUGUCUCCGCUCUCCGCCGCCUCAUACAGACCUGCACCAGUCUGGGGGACAUCAGGUGA